AUGAAACGGUUCGCGCGCUGUUACGUAUGCCUGGCUGUAUUAUUGACAGCGGUCUCUGCGAGAUCGGCCGAAACUAAUCCCACGUCUAACUCAAUCAACGAGCAACAAACCGCAAGAUCGAAUAGCAAUGGCAUAUUUGGCGACUUACGUUACGUCUAUCAAGUAUACAAGGAAUGUUCCGACACGGAACUGAGUCCUUGCCUGAAGCUGAAGCUCUUAUCGGCUAUAGAUAGGGUUUCUCGGAGCGCUCAAUUGAAUGUGGCUGAUGGCGUCACUCUGGUUCAAGAUGAAUCGGCUGCUAACGAAUCCGAACCGGAAAAAUCUCUGCAGGAAAUCGAAGCCAGUUUACCCCGAGCAUUGGAAGAUAAAGAGGAUGCUCUCAAUGGCAUGAUUUUCGAUAAAGUCGCCAAAUUUUUUCAGAGUCACACUCUGAAGCUGAAGUUACCAAACGUAGAGGAACUUCAACGUAGUUUCACGGAAGAAGGUCGUAAGAAGAAAAAUAAAAUGGGUGGUCUUCUCGCUAUUCCUCUGUUAAUUGGUGGUACGUUAGUACCCCUGGCGCUCGGUGCUCUCGCGCUGUUGGCUGGCAAAGCGCUGAUAGUGAGCAAACUUGCGCUCGUACUCGCUUCUAUUAUUGGAUUAAAGAAACUUGUGUCUGGCGGCCACGAUCACGGACACGAAGUUGUUCAAGUCGGGGGAGGACAUGCAUCGGGCGGAUGGGCGAGAUCGGGACAUGAUAUCGCCUACUCUGCAUACAAACCAUUGUCAGCAUAG